AUGUUUGGAAUGUCCCCUCCUAUGCGUCCGGCGGGUUUACAGACCGUCGGUGCUCAAUAUCAUCCUACCUUCCCAGCCUAUGAACAACCCAUGCCCCAACCAACCCCUUAUGGGGGAAUCGGAUUUGGUCUCAGUGGGAUGCAAAAUCAUGGAGAGUCAAUGUCCAUGAUGGGUCAUCCUCACGGUCAAACUUCACGACCCAGUGCUGGCCUUCCUAAUCCUAUGACGUCUAUGGGGAUGGGUUCAGGAGGGUUCGGCCGUGGAGGUAUCGGUGGGGCUGGGAUACAUGGUUUGGGAGGUAUGACAACGAUGGGAGGUAUGACACCUAUGUCAAAUAUGACGAAUAUGACCGGUAUGACCGGGGCAGUGUAUGGACGGCCGGGUCUUGUUAGUCCGAACGGGAUGUAUAACCCUUACAUGUCUGGUUGGGGUAUGGGUGGAAUGAAUCCUUAUAUGAUGAUGGGUCAACAUCCCAUGGGUGUUACUUCUCCUGGUGCGGGCCCGACACCUGGACCUGGUCAAGGUAUGGGAAUGGGGAUGGGAAUGGGGCAAGGGAUGGGAGGUGAAGGUGUUAUGCAAGCAUUCGACCCGGGUAAAAUGAAACAAGGUCGUCAAGGUCAUUAUGGAUAUCUUGAAGGUCGAGAACUCGCCGGUCCUCCAGUCGGUUAUCUACCAGCAGGUGUCCCACCAACUCUUCAUAAGUCUCCUUCUCAUUCUUCACCUCCUCCAACAGCUCAACAACAACCCGUUUAUCCAGCAAGUGUAGCUCCAUCACAACCUCAAACAUCAUGGGGAGAUUCAACAGUAAGACCCAGAGCGAGAUAUGAUGGUGCACCGACAGUCGCUCAAUAUGUUAAAGCAGAUUUAGAUACACCUUAUCCUCGUAUUCCUAAUGCUGGUGCUGCAUCAGCUUGGACAAAGUAUGGAGAAGACAAAACUCCUAUGGGUAAUGGAAUGGGGAUAGAUGGUAGGAUGGGAAUCAACCAUAGACGUUUGAGGGAGGGUAAAGUUUGA